AUGGCGAAGUGGGCGGGCAGGCCCAGGCUGUGUCUGAUGCUGCUUCUGUGCCUCCCUCAGCUCUGUCUGGAUCAGGAGGUGUUGUCUGGGCAUUCUCAUCAGACACCCCCAGAGGACAGCCAGGGCCCUGAGGGCAUCUGGGGACCUUGGGGCCAGUGGGCCUCUUGUUCUCAGCCCUGUGGGGUGGGGGUGCAGCGCAGGAGCCGGAUAUGUCAGCUCCCUACAGCUCAACUCCAGCAGGGCCUGCCCCUCCCACCCCGGCCUCCAAGACAUCCAGAAGCCCAUCCUCCUCGGGGUCAGGGCCCCAGAGCCCAGGCUUCCCGAGAAACCCUCCCCCUGUACAGACCAGAGCCUCGGGGAAGAGGUGGUCCACUUCGAAGUCCUACUUUCCAGCUAGGGAGAGAGGAGACCCGGGAGAAUCAAGGUGCUCGGAGGCCCCGGGUUCGAGAUCCCAUCAAACCAGGAAUGUUCGGUUAUGGAAGAGUGCCCUUUGCUUUACCAUUGCAUCGGAACCGCAGGCAUCCCCAGAAGCCAUCCAGACCUGAGCUCCCCAAGACUUCUUUUCGAAGAGAAGGGCCUCUUUCAUUCCUGACUUUAGGAGCAGUCCCAUCCUUUCUAAACCAGACCCUUCAGACUCAACUCCCUACAGAACUGUCUGAUCAUACCCAGUCUGCCUCAACUGGGCCCCCAGACCCAGCAACUUUUCAGAUACAGGGUUCCUCCAGAGCCAAGCCUGCUCCCACAGGUCCCCACCCCAGAAACCAGGACAAAGAACCUUCCUUGCCCACACCAUCUUCAGGACAAAGUAUCUCCUUUCAUGUGUCCCCUCAGCCAAGAAUGCCAAAUUCCCAGAGAUGGACCAGUCCCCGAGAAGUAGGGAGCCGUCCUAACCCUCUCACUAAUGUCCCUCGGGGCCGAGGCCAGCAGAGCCGAGAGCAUUGGAGAUCUGGGGGAAAUCUUCACGGUUCUCUCAUGGAGCCUGCCCCUCGCCACCCAGAUGGCUGGUUGCCUCUGCUGAGUACAGGUCCCCACUCCAGCUCCCGCUGGAGCCUCUUUGCUCCUACUAGCCCUGUCCCAAGGUGUUCUGGAGAGAAUGAGCAGCUGAGAGCCUGCAGCCAGGCGCUCUGCCCCCCUGAACAACCAGACCCCCGAGCCCUGCAGUGUGCAGCCUUUGACUCCCAGGAAUUCAUGGGCCAGUUGUACCAAUGGGAACCCUUUACUGAAGUUCAGGGCUUCCAACGCUGCGAACUGAACUGCCGCCCCCGUGGCUUCCGCUUCUAUGUCCGUCACACUGAAAAAGUCCAGGAUGGGACCCUGUGUCAGCCUGGAGCCCUAGACAUGUGUGUGGCUGGACGAUGUCUGAGCCCCGGCUGUGAUGGGAUCCUCGGCUCUGGCAGGCGUCCAGAUGGCUGUGGUGUUUGUGGGGGUGAUGAUUCUACCUGUCGCCUCAUUUCGGGGAAUCUCACAGACCGGGGAGGUCCCCUGGGCUAUCAGAAGAUCCUCUUGAUUCCUGCUGGAGCCUCCAGGCUGCACAUUGCCCAGCUCCAGCCCAGCGCCAAUUACCUUGCUCUUCGGGGCCCAGGGGGCCGGUCCAUCAUCAAUGGGAAUUGGGCAGUGGAUCCUCCUGGGACCUACACAGCUGGUGGGACCAUCUUCCGGUACAACCGUCCUCCUCGGGAGGAGGGCACAGGGGAGAGUCUGUCAGCCGAAGGCCCCACAACCCAGCCUGUGGAUGUCUAUAUGAUCUUUCAGGAGGAAAACCCUGGAGUUUUUUAUCAGUAUGUUAUCUCUUCACCUCCUCCAAAUCUUGAGAGCCUCACCCCAGAGGCCCCUGUCCCACAAAUUCAGCCUGAGAUCCUGAGAGUGGAGUCCCAGGCUGCUUCAGUCCCCCGGCCCACCCGGACCCCAGGCACCCUCCAGCGUCAGGUGCGGAUCCCCCAGAUACUCGCCCUGCCCCAUCCCCAGGCACCCCUGGGGUCUCCAGCUGGAUACUGGAAACGAGUGGGACACUCGGAGUGCUCAGCAUCCUGUGGAAGAGGUGUUUGGCGCCCCAUUUUCCUCUGCAUUUCUCGGGAGUCAGAAGAGGAACUGGAUGAACAAAGCUGUGCCACAGGGGCUAGACCUCCUGCCUCCCCAGAGCCCUGUCAUGGUCCCCCCUGCCCUCCAUACUGGGAGGCUGGUGAGUGGACAUCCUGCAGCCGAUCCUGUGGCCCUGGCACCCAGCAUCGACAGCUGCGUUGCCGGCAGGAGUUUGGUGGGGGUGGCUCUUCAGUGCCUCUAGAGCGCUGUGGACAUCUCCCCAGGCCCAACAUCACCCAGCCCUGCCAGCUGCGGCUCUGUGGCCAUUGGGAGGUUCGUUCCCCCUGGAGCCAGUGCUCCGUGAGGUGUGGGCGAGGCCAGCGGAGCCGGCAGGUGCACUGUGUUGGAAAAAAUGGUGAUGAAGUGAGCGAGCAGGAGUGUAUGUCGGGGCCUCCCAAGCCCCCCAGCAGAGAGGCCUGUAACAUGGGACCCUGUAUCACAGCCUGGUUCCACAGCGACUGGAGUUCCAAGUGCUCAGCUGAGUGUGGGACAGGAAUCCAGCGACGGUCAGUGGUCUGCCUCGGGAGUGGGGAGACCCAUGGAGCCAGCCAGGUGGAAGCUGAGGUUGAGGCCCGUGAGCAGAGCUGUCCACCAGGAAGUCGCCCUCCUGACAUGCGUGCUUGCAGUAUGGGACCCUGUGAAGUGACAUGGUGCUGGUACACAGGGCCCUGGGGUGAGUGCUCCUCAGAGUGUGGCUCUGGCACGCAGCGUAGAGACAUCAUCUGUGUGUCCAAACUGGGGACAGAGUUCAACGUGACUUCUCCUAGCAACUGUUCCCAUUUGCCCAGGCCACCUGCCCUGCAGUCCUGUCAAGGCCGGGGCUGCCAGGACCAAUGGUUUUCUACACCCUGGAGUCCGUGUUCUCGCUCCUGCCAGGGGGGCAUGCAGACAAGGGAGGUCCAGUGCCUGACUGCCAACCAGACCCUCAGCAUCCGUUGCCCUCCUCACCUUCGGCCCUCUAAGAAACGACCUUGUAACAGCCAGCCCUGCAACCAGCAUCCUGAUGAGCGGUGCAAAGACAGCUCUCCACAUUGCCCCCUGGUGGUAAAGGCCCGGCUCUGCGUCUACCCCUACUACACAGCCACCUGUUGCCGCUCCUGCACCCAUGUCCUGGAGCCGUCCUUCCCGGAACCUGCCUGA